AGAUUCAAUUCGAGAUAAAAGUCUAAGGAAGCAAGAGCUCUCUCAACUAAUUUGACCAUGACGGGCCAUACUCUGCAACCAGUUCUCCUGUUAUUCUGUUUUGCAAGUGUUAUUUCUGCUCUCCAAAUACAAAAGGACAAGGGACUCGAUGAUUCGAAUCUUGAUAAGCUGAUCGAUUCACAAGGUCUGGAGCGGCGUGGCUUCAGGCCCUGGGGUGGCAAGAGAGACGAUGAACAAUACCAGGAAAGUUUACCCGAAUUUUUAUCGGGCGUUGAUCAGGAAAUUGCAAUGACGGCUAGAGGGUUCCGUCCGUGGGGCGGUAAGCGAUCAGUAAGGAGCGUCGAGGAAUCACAUAUGGCGGGAGACGAGUCAAAGCGAGGAUUCCGGCCGUGGGGUGGCAAGAGGGCUGGUGAAGACGAAGACAAAAGAGGAUUCCGGCCUUGGGGUGGCAAGAGGGCUGGUGAAGACAAAGACAAAAGAGGAUUCCGGCCUUGGGGUGGCAAGAGGGCUGGUGAAAACGAGGACAAAAGAGGAUUCCGGCCGUGGGGUGGCAAGAGGGCUGGUGAAGACGAAGACAAAAGAGGAUUCCGGCCGUGGGGUGGCAAGAGGGCUGGUGAAGACGAAGAUAAAAGAGGAUUCCGGCCGUGGGGUGGCAAGAAGUCCGAGCACGACGCAUCUUCCGAAAAACUUAUCGCUCAACUGAAGGCGACGGGCUUGGGACCAAAAAGGGGCUUCAGGCCCUGGGGCGGCAAACGUGAGUUCCGGCCUUGGGGAGGAAAGAGAGACUCUUUGAAGCGCGAAUUCCGACCAUGGGGUGGCAAGCGAGCGGAAAAUGACGAAGAGAAGCGGGGAUUCCGGCUUUGGGGUGGCAAGAGAGCUGAUCAAGUGGACAAUGUCUAAUGCUGUCUGUCUACGACCAUAUUUAAAGGGAAGACGGCGAUCUUCAAUCAUUGGCCAACGCAAUACCACGUGACUUAUUCAAAUUGGAUAUCAUUUUUCGACAUCAACGAGGAGAGGGAUGAUGCCGAUGACAUGAACGCUUGUAAUCGAUACUGCUGUAAUUUAGAUCACUAGAACACUAGUUAAACUUCAGCUGGCGCGCACUUAAACAAUAUAUUGUCCAUAGCCCUAUCGGGGCCAAUAGGGGGCCUUACUGACCCUUGUAAACAUUGACUAGAAACCACCGUUGAGUGCAAGUGUUCCCCAUAUCCUAGUGUUGCCUACGACAACACACUGCCUCAAGAAGUCGACAUUGGAAAAUUUGACAAUUCGAGAACGCUGUUUUCCCACGUUUUCCACUGCACAGUUUGACAAUGCGAGAACUGUGUUUCCGCGUUUUCCAUUGGACAGUUUGACAAAUGCGAGAACUGUUUUCCGCGUUUUCCACUGCACAGUUCGAAAAUGCGAGAACUGUCUUCCCGCGUUUUCCACUGGACAGUUGGACAAUGCGAGAACUGUCUUCCCGCGUUUUCCACUGGACAGUUUGACAAUGCGAGAAGUGUCUUCCCGCGUUUUCCACUGCACAGUUUGACAAUGCGAGUGCUGUUUUUUCCUCGUUUUCUAAACCAUGGACAUAAAUUAUUUGAGAGAGGAAAACACCUGACGACAAUACACUUGUUUUGACUUCGCGAUGCACUUGUUGAUAUUUCGGGAAAAUAAGAAAGUUUAGGUAAUUAUGAUACCUUCUAAAAGAUAUACAUGAAAUGAUUAUAAAGUGGGACAGUUUCGACUGUUACUCCGUCUGCUCGUCCAUCACCUAGUCCCACAGCUCUGCACAUUAACAGCAGCUGCCAGGGUUACACGAGUUACCAUUACCACAGCGGCGGCCUUGAAAGCACCCAAUAAGUGGCUCGUACAGUACAUGUCACAGACAUAAACGUGGAAAAAGCGUUGAAGAAAUCUCAGUCUGAUGAGAUUUGCAUUUGGUACUCUCAGCACCCGCCCCAGCAUUGAAAUGGUUCCUGAAGCUCAUCAAGAUAUGGUAAUAUUUACACAACAGAAUGAACCAAAUACAUGCAGUGUGAACUGGGUUAAGAACUAAGAACUCCAUGGCCUAGGGUGGAAGACGAGGAUUUCAGGGCUGGACGUACCGAGUUCGAAUCCCAUGCAGACGUAUCUUUAGAAAUUCUCUUUUUCUCACGAAAGCACCGCCUUCGGCUGCGAGCUGGGCCCUAAAGAAACUGGCUUUAUCUUUUUCAUUCGAGUGUUGCCAUCCAGUCGCUGUCCAGUCCAUUUGCAACAGCUUGAUAUUUCCUUGGAUAAAGUGUAAUCUGGCAGCCCUCCUCUUUAUGGAGAGGUCGGUGCCUGUGCCCUUUAGAUUACCUUUACCAGAAGAGUGUAGCUGUAAAUGACGUCAAACAAUAUUAAACACGUGCCAGGUCACCAGUGGCACCAACGUUUGCCUCAUCUAACUCAAUAUGAACGCCCCCUAUGAAUCAGCCAGAAGACCAUGUUUCACCUCUCAUCAAUGUAAGUCGUUAAGUUCAUUAAACGAAUUUCUCAUCAA